UGGAAAAAAAACCCCAAAAAAUACUUAAUUCCUGAUAAUUUCGUUUAUAUAACAACUAACAGGAGGAAACUAACCCUUAUGAUUCACAAACUAUUAGAGAUCCAAAACAAAUUUUAAGGUUAAAGCUUUCUCCAAGAACAAGAAACAUUCUAGCUAAACCCACCACGCUACAAGCCUACAAGAAAGCUCACAACAAGAAAAGAAAAAAAUGACUUUUCUGAGAAGUUUCUUGGGUGCUAAGCAAAUAAUGCGAAGAAGGGAAUCAUCAUCAUCAGCAUCGUCGACACCAAGAGGAUUCAUGGCGGUUUAUGUUGGAGAGAAUGAUCAAAAGAGGAAGAGAUAUGUGGUGCCGGUGUCAUACUUAAACCAGCCAUUGUUUCAAGAAUUGUUGAGUAAAUCUGAGGAAGAGUUUGGUUUUGAUCAUCCUACGGGCGGCUUAACCAUACCGUGUCAUGAAUCUUUGUUCUUCACAGUCACAUCUCAGAUUCGAUGAAUUACAAGAACAUAAAGUACUUACAAUACAAUGUAGAGAUUUUUUUAGCUGAUUUCCCCACUGGAAAUAAUUGUAAAUUGUUUCAGUGAGAGGAAUAUACACAUACAUGAUACGUACAUCGUGCUUAUGAAUCAUCUGCAUGCAUGUUUAUACAUUUGUAUCUUGCAUUAAAAAAUAGUUUCUUUUAUAAUAAAGACUAGAAAAAAAACAUUUGUGUCAUAGCUAUUUCCCUUAGUUUUUCAUAGAACAAAUAUUGUAUGUGACUAUUUUUAAUUUCAUUCCUUGUGAGUUGUGACUA